AUGACUGCCAAAACGGACGUUGCCACGCUCGUGGCGCAGAUGAAUGAGGCCCUUGCUUCGAUCCACGCGACGAUCGAGGGCCUCUCGAACUCUGCCGCCGAGAGCGACACGAAACUCGAUGAACUCGAGAAGAAGCGUGAUAACACGAUCGCAGAGCUCCAGGCCGCAUACGAAAAGGAGCAAGCGGAGCUCGCGGCGGCACGGCAAAAAGAGCUGGAAGAAAUCGCCGAACAGCGGCGGAAAGAAGACGAGGAACGCGAGGCCCGUCGUCGAAGAGAAGAUGAGGAAUUGGCCGCCCGCAAGGCCAAAGAAGACGAGGAGAAAUUGCACACCUUUGAUACCACUACGCAUAAUGUCGAAGACGAGAUGGAUGGCCUCAUGGAUGACAUUGAAGACGCGACCGCCAAGGUGAUAGCCGAGGGAGAAGCCAAGCUGGCAGAGCUCGAGAAGAAGAGAGCAGAACUCAACCGCUUGAUCGAAGAGCAGAUGAAGGCGUCGGUGCCUCCUGUACCGACCCGCAAGAGAGCGCGAACGGUGCGCAGAGGAGGAGGAACAAUAUCCGGUCAGCCGUCUCCCCUGCCAAAGGAGGAGACGGCAGAGAAAGCAGCCGAGAGCCCGGCCGAGAGCGCACCAUCCGCGCCGCCCGCCGAAGGAACUCCCGCCGCCGAAGACAAAGAUACCCAAGAAGGUGACGACUCCCAGCCACCAAACGAAGAACCAGUGGCUGAAAAGAGCUUGGAGGCGGUGAGCACGGAGGAGGCUCAAUCUAGCGAAGACACACCCGCGACGGAGGUGGCUGCUCCCGAGGCUCAGGAGAGCUGCAAAGACGACUCCGUCCCGGAGCAGCCCGAGGAGGCUGCCGCGCCGGAAGAGGCUAGCGAGCCCGCCCCUACGGGGGAUACCAAGGAAGAUAUCGCUCCCGAACCUCCCGCGGCCGAGGAGACCCAAGAAGCCCCUGCUGAGGCGGAGAGCACGUCUCCGGUUGAGGUCAGGGGCCUGGCGGUGGAAGAGUCCGAGACCGCACCGGCCGAAGAAGCUGUCCCAGCUGAAGCACCCAUGGAAGAGACUGCACUCGCGGAACAAGCUCCUUCGGAAGAGCCGGCGCAGGAGGUCGCUGGAGAUGCAGACGCUCCGUCGACGGAUGAGACGAGAGAGAUUUCGGUCGAGGAGACUUCUGCGCCCCAAGACACGCCUAUGGCCGAAGAAGCCCCCGAAGUCGAUGACACGGCGAAGGAGAUUCCAACCGAGGCACCUGAAGCGGAAGACACCCCUGCCGCCGACAAGGGCCUCGUAGAUGAAGCCCCAAAUGAAGAGCCUGCGCAGGAGAGUGCCCCCGCAGCCGAGGAGAGUCCCGAAGUAGAGGCAAGUCCCUCAGAUGAGCCAGUGGAGGAGGAGAAGCCUGCAGACGACACCGAGCCAAGCGCCGAGAAAGAGGAUGAUGAUACCCCAAAGAAUGAAGAGGCGCAGGCUGCGGAUGAUGCCGUCGAUGAUGGGGCACAGGAGAGAGCCAUUCCUGAGAUCUCUACCAAGGCUGUCGUUGACGAGUCGACCGCGGACGACGGCCCAAGUACGGAACCGGUCGAGAACGAGGAGGAACAUUCAAAGCCCUCCGAGGAGACGGAAGAAACAGUGGAGAUCUCGGCCGAGAGCCAAGAGGUUCCAGAGGUCAGCUCCAAGGCUGUCGCAGAAGACGAGAUCGUUCAAGAUGAGACACCGGCACAUGAUGAGCCUGCCCAACCGGAAGUCGCCGCGGGGCAAGACGAUCUUCCCGCACAAGACGAUGACCCAUCACCGGAAGAGGCUGAAGUCACCGAUGCCCCUGCACAGGAUGAGGCUGAGAACGACAGUGGCUCUAAGGAAGAUCUUUCGAAGGAGGAAGUUGUCUCUGCCCAUGACAAGUCUGCCGAAGUGCCGGCUGAGGUACCUACCGAGGAAAUUUCUGUACCAGAGACCACCCCGGCCGAGGAUGACAGCCUUCCCACGGACGAGGUCACCGCCGAAAGUCACGCAGAAGAGCCAACAGAGGACAAGCCUGAACCAGCGGAUGAUGAGUCACCAGAGACCGAACAAGCACAGCAAAGUACCGAUGACGCUGUCCCAGAGCCUGAGCAGGUGCCGACAAGCGACUUGGCCGUGGAGACCCUCGAGGAUCAGGAUAAGCCUGACGAUGCUAUCGAAGCCUCUACCGCAGAUCAACAGCCUGCCGACGAUGCCGCAGUCGAAGUAGAAGAGACUCGACACUUGGAAGAUAGUCAAAGCGGCGCCGUCGUCGCAGAUAACGCCGAUGGCAAAGCCUCUGAUGAAGCUCACGCUUCUGAUGAACCCCCAGCCCCAGUCGAUCUCGCCCAAGAAGAGUCGCAAUCCAAGGAUGAGGACCACCAAGACCAAGCAGCAGAUAACCAAAUCGUUGAGCCCUCCCAUCCCGAGGCGAACGUUGAGCAACAAGACACUCUCGGCGCAGAUGACAAUGUCCAGGCUCAAGAUGCCUCUCAAGAAGUUCAAGCGGAAGUCAGUGACCAACCCCCGACAACCCAGGAGGAGGAAGAGCACCUACCAACCACUGCCAGCAAAGAUCUUGAAGAUGCAGAUUCCCAAGAGCGGGACGCUAUGCAUUCGGACGGAGAGGAACACACUCGUGGUGUCCUUGACGCAGACGAUUCCGCUCAUGGACCUUCUGACACCGCCGCCGACGCCAGUACUGUGACAGAGCCCGCCGAAGUCUCUGAAACCCUCGAGGUUGAUCAAACUGAGGCGCUGAAGGAGACGGAGGAUGUUGCCGAGUCCCAUGAACCAGAGAGUGCCGUUGGGCAAGAAGUUCAAGACACUGCUGAGGCUGAGAAGGCUUCUGCUGCGGAGAGCGAAGAGCCGGCACAAUCAUCGGAGCCUCAAGUCGAUGAUGAGCAUGCGGAGUCUGUUUCAGCUUUGCAUGUGGACGAGGACAAUGCCGAAUCACCAUCGGCGCCCGCCGAGGACGGUAAGCAUAACCAAGGCGACGCUGAGGUUAUCGAGCGCUCCGCAUCUCCCGAAGUUGGCGAAGUCGAGGAAGGCAAGGAUUCCGAAGACGUCGUUCCUCCGCAAGAGGCGGAAAGCGCGGCUGAUCGGGACCUUGAGGAUACACCUGCGGUUGAAAAUGACGAGCCUUCUCAACCUGCUGAGCCUGAGGCUGCGCAUGUUGAAACCGUGUCAGACCAGCCAGUCGUCGACAAGGAUGAUGAGCCAUCGUCGCCUCGGCAAGAAGACAGCUCCGUUCAUGUCCAGAACGUGGCCGAGGAAGAGACUAAGUUUCCCGAAAUCUCUUCAGCGGAUGGAGACGAGGAGCUUGAGGAGGCAAAGGCGGCCGAGGACCAUUCUGAAACUCAGGAGCCGGAGACGAUCGCAGCUGGGCCAACACCAACCGUCGAGGACACGAGUCUGCCAGCGGAUUAUGAGCUGGCCCAGGACCGGGAGGCUGAUGUCGAGAGCGAGAAGGUCGAUGAUCUUCCGUCUAUGGACACCGCAGAGGCAGCCCCAGUUUCGCACGCUGAACUCGACGAUGCUGUCGAGGAAGCGAAGGCACUUGACAACAUUCGGGAGCCCCAUGACACAGAGGAGGCGACACCUGAAGUUUCCGCGAUCGACAGCGAUGUGCCAGCUCAGGCCACUGAGGUUGUUGACCGUGAGGAUGUCGAGGCGGCGUCUGCACAGCUUGAGAGCCACGAACCAGUGCAAGCACCCGGGUCCGAAGUUGAGACCAAGGAAGUCGAGCAUGCACUCUCCGAGGCCGAAAGUGAUCACGAGGACAAGAAAGAGAUUAUUGGUGCUCCUGUGGAAGAGGACAAGCUUGCUCAAGCUGACGACUUGGCCGACGCCGAUAAGGACAUUUCUUCGAGUCCUGAUGACCACGAAGAGGCUGUUACCGCCGACGAUUCUGUCGCACCGCUUACCCACCACGACUCCAGCGAUCAUCCUGAGACCGCCUUCGAGGAGGCACCGAUGUCAAGGUCUUUGGAUAGCGCCCCUGUCGAAGUAUCACUUGCGACAAAGGCGGUCCACGAGGAUGUUCCAACCGUCGAGCUUCAUCAACAUGACGUUGACGCUGAGCUCGAAGAGGCGCACUCAUCAGAGGCCGUCGACCAGACGGAGGUUGGACAUGACCAGGACUCUUCGCUUGCCGAGACGAGUUUCCCUGCCGAGGAGCCUUCGCAUGUCGAGGAGCAUCUUCAGCCCAGAGAAGCAUCGGCACAUAUUGGUCACGACGAGGAACAUGGCGCAGACUCCCCGACUGCGGUAGUGCAAGAUGAGCUCGUCCACAAGGAGGAAGAAGCCGAGCGUGAUGAGGGCGACAAGCCCGUCAUGGUCGAGGACCAAGAGGAAGCCCACAGACCUGGAACGCCAAUUGUCGAAGAUGUCCACCAGCCCAGCUUUGAUGAGGACAAGCACGACCACGACGACGGCAUGGCGCGCGGUCUUGAUGCUGGAGCUCAAGUCACCCGACGCAGCGUGGAGCUUGGCGAGGCCGAGGAUGACCACCCUGCCAGCUUCGACGAUUCCCAAGAACUCGGCGAAAAGCACGAUCUCUCAGUCAUCACUGAGCACACUGAGCCUGCCGCCUCGACAGCUGGUGAUACGUCUGGCUUAGCCGCGUCGUACUACCACCCUGAUACUUUGAGCCGCAACGUCUCCGAAGCGCCAGAUGUCGCUGCUGAGAGCUCAUACAUGACCGAGACCACCAGCAUGGCUGCCGCUGCGGACCGGGAUCACGAUCAAGAGUAUCAUGGAGACUUCGAGCCGGCUGGUGCCCAUGACCAUGGCGACGCCAGCUUUUCUUCUUCCACGAAGCAAGUUCACUUUGACGAUCACGUCGACAGCGUGGACUACGACGAUGACCACUCGUCACCGGUUCUCAGUGUCCGCGAGGAGGACAGCGAUGCGGAAGAGACUUACGUCAAUCCCUUUGCUAGACCGACGCAGCAGGCGGCAUACAACCCCUUCGCUCAGCAAACGGCGACAGAAACAUCGGAGGCAUCGAACAACCCUUUCGCCAGGAAUACCACCACAGCUGCGGACUUCUUACGCUCGGUCAGCCCUCAAGGUCAGCGCUCGACAUCACCAGCGGCUGAGCACUUCCUGCGUUCUGCGAGUUCCUUUGGAUCUCAUCCUGACGAGCAAGCACGAGAGUCGUCAAUUACCAACCCGUUUGCCAGGAGCACUACUCCCACAGGUCGAAGCUCGUCGGGCAGCCCCCUAGCCCAACGUUCACCCGGGAAUCCCUUUGCCCGUAGCACAACUCCGGGCAGUGACUUUGGCCACGAUGCAGAUGUGACGGGACACGAGUCCACGUUCGAAGAUCCGUUUGCUGCCGCUGCGCCGCCUGUCGAGGGUCGCCAGCCCACCCCUCAGGUCCCAGAGUCAUACAACCCCUUUGCUAGGAGCCCUGCAUCCGACCGCAGUUUCCUUCCCACCGUAAGCACCCUCGGCGCUUCUCCCGUAGACACCAACCCGUUUGCGGCAGCCAGAAGCAGAGGGAGAAGUGGCACCGUGGGAAGCAUGGGAAGCAUGGGCAGCGGAGCCGAUGACACGAGUUUCGGCCAAGCCGUUCCGUCUAUUGUUGGCCAAGAGUACCCGGUAGGCCCCAUGAUAGACUCAGAUGAGGAGGGUGAAGAUCCCUUCAGCCUCGGCUCAGUAGGUCAGAGCAGCAGCCCGUUGGCAGCAAGACUCGCAGUGACGCCGUUGGAUACUAUUCAGGAGCGCUACAACAGCGAAUUGGAAGACAUGGACUCCGAUUCCGAAGAGCCUGAGAGUCUCACCGGCUCGCAACAGCUGCCACCUUUGCAACAACGAGUUCCCCCUUCUUUGCCAAGCAUCCAGGAGCGUCACGGUCAUGGCUUCGAGGACUCCGAUGAGGAGGAAGAAGACUACAACUCGAAUAUGCCUGGUCAGAUCAAUCCCGCGUUGACAUCAUCGCAGUACAGAGAAAGCCCACCUCCGCCUCCGCCUCGCGUUCCGAGUUCCCAAGGCUUCUAUCAGCAGGAGGCAGCAGACUCUUCUGAAGAUGACGGCCACCCAUUAGAAUUGCACUCUGCCGCCUUUACCCAGCCGGCCCCCCUCUCAUCUUCGUUGCACAGAGCGACUCCCCCUCCCCCUCCCCCUCCGCGCGGCUCCAGCUCACAAGGUCACUACGGACGACAACUUGACGACUCUUCGGAAGAGGAACAGAACGAUUGGGACAACGACUUUACUCCUGCCCAGCCCACAGCUAUUUCGGCAUCGCAAUUCGGAACCGCCCCCCCGCCCCCGCCGCCUCCCCGUGCCCCCAGUUCCCUGUCACAGAGCAGACUUCACGUGGAGGACUCAGACGAGGAAGAUCAAGGUGUCUUACCCUCUCAAGAUUCACAGCCCUUCGCGAUGGCGUCUUCAGGUUACAGGGCUACACCCCCUCCUCCCCCGGCGCCUCGUGCGCCCAGUUCACAAGGCUUCCAUCAUCAAGAGCAAGCGGACUCAAGUGAGGACGAAAUCCCCAACAUCGCUCGACCUGGUCAGUUCCCCAUUUCAUCAACAUCUCAGUUCAGGGCCACCCCGCCCCCGCCCCCGCCUCCGCGAGCCCCAGUCUCGCAGGGUCUCCAUGGCCAGGAUCUCUUGGAUACCAGUGACGAAGAAGAGGAUAUGGAUGAUGCUUGGGAAUCGAAUGCCACUCGGCCCGGCCAGAUGCACAGUCUGUCGACGUCGCAGUACAGAGCGACCCCGCCACCGCCUCCGCCUCCGCGUGCCCCCAGCGCACAGGAUCGCUACCGUCAACCACUCGAAGACUCCGACAGUGAAGAGGAGGACUUGAAUGCUAAUCAGUAUGGCCAGACAACGGAUGUGACGGUGACACUCAACAACCAGUUGAUGGAGAGCGACCCGAUGGCAACCAACCCGAUGAGCCCAGCAAGCCCCCUGGAACCGAGUCCGAUGGCGACGACAAACCUGAUGAGGUCAACCAGCCCUCUGGCGACAGUAAGCCCGAUGUCAGCAAGCCCGGCAGCCCAACAAAGCCCGACGGAAACACAAUUCACGGCGUCGGGACCCAGAAGCAGUCAGGAUCUUCCAAGUCAUCCAAGAGAAGAAGACGGGGAAGAAAGCGAUGAUUCAUGGGAGAACAUCAACCAGCGCGGCGAGGCAGCCCGUCUUGCGGCCGACUCAGCAUUCCCCGCGCCCACGCCCCAGCUGCGUGUCGACAACUACGAGCAGCAGUGGGCCAACGCAAGCAACGACCAGAUCUCCACGGCAUCGACUUACCUCACCCCAGCUGGGCCAGGAGACUUCACGGACACCGAUUCGCAGGAGUACGCCACUCCCCUGGCUUCAGCCGGGUUCAGCGCGUCUUCGCAGUACACGCAAGGCGCUCUGGACUCACCGCGGCAUCCGGAAUCUGCUGACAUAAAGGACAGCGCUUAUGACCCAGCCUAUGCUCAAGCAACAUCUGGCGUUCCUCAUGGACAAGACAAUCCGGCCAGCCACCUCGAAGACUCUGACUCUGACAACGACAGCGACUACAUCACCCCUGGGGUCGCGCCUGCCGCUCCCUCAUUCUUGACUCAGUUCAACGCUCCUCAACAGCCAGAACCAACUGAACCGGUCUUGGAGCAGGUCAUUGACUCGUUCCAGAGCGACGAGGAUGAUGGGCCGAAGACAGCAGUCAUGGCGUCCGACGAGCCCGUCACCCAGUACGCAUCUUCACGGUUUGGAGCAUCAUCAUGGCGAGACGAACUUCGAUCCCCGUCGCUGUUCGGGGCUUCAAGGCACAGCCGCUCCGACUCUCUGAGGUCAGAGCUCCAAAAGUCCAUCCAUGAAGGUGCGGAAACUGGGCAGCCCUCUCCGCUACAGACCCAGGCGUACCAGCCCGAGGUUCAUGUACAAGAAGUUCACAGCCCGGAGGAGGCUCAGAUGUACGGCCAAGCUUUUGGACAGGACCCGUACGCCGCCGCUGCGCAACAAGCUCAAAUGUACGGACAAGAUCCGUAUGCCCAACAACAGUUCCAGCAGUUUGGCCACGUCCAAGAUGACGAGGAGCAAUACGGGCGGCCACAGUACAGCCCAGACUACCAGCAAACUCAGCACGGGCAAUUGUCUUCACUAGAGGCCGAGUUGCAAGAGGCGGACGACUCGUCGGAGGAUGAGUUUGAACAUGCCACUCCACAGUUGGCACCCCAACAAAGUGAGCAAGCACCGGACGUGAGCCCCCUUGCUUUGCGCCAGGAGUCAUCACCAGUUACCCCCUCGCGUGCCACUCCUGCUACACCUGUUCAAGGCACGCCCUCCACGCCGUCUCGUGGUCUUGCCAACAGCAGACACAAUCCUGACCGACCACAGACACCGCCUUCCCAGCCGGUCGUGGAGGAGGACUUUGAUCCCGAUGCAUUCGUCCCGCGCGACGUGACCAAUGUCCCAUGGCACGCUCGAACCGACUCUGUGCCGUACUCCGUACAGAGCCAGAGCACGAUUGACUCCAUGGCAUCAUCACCAAUUCACUCAGCGCUGCCCGUCGACAAGCACGAACCCGUCAUUCGGGACUCGUGGCCAGCCUCUGUGCAUAACUUGACGCGUCCACGAAAUGAUUCUACUCUUACCGAUCGGUCAUUUGACGACCCUUUCAAGUAUGACGGCGGGGGCACCAAGUCACUUCAUGGAGCAUCGGGCUCCGUCGGAUCGACGUCCGAUAGCCCUGGACGGGCUUCCGGCACAGGCAGUUCACCCGGAAGUCUUAUCAGUAGGAUGCGCGGGAUCUUCGAAGGCAACCAAGCAAAGCAAGAGCCCGCAAGCCCGGUCCGAUCGCGGCCGGUUUCGGGCGUCUUCCACCCAGUCCGACGUGCCAAGCCCGAGGACGAGGACGACGGCCCCGGCUAUCAGCGCAAGGCUGGGUUUCUCAACGAACACGAGGACGAGGUUGACGAGCAGAGCGCACUCCUACGAAACUCUGCUGGAGGGCUGGAGGCAAAUUGA